AUGCCCUGCUUCCGUGGAAUCGAGAUAUCGCUCGUCGCUGCGUCGGACAAUAGUGUCUUUCCCGAGUUCCCACACCCCGACGGUUCUUCCGUCAGGUUCGGCGGGUUGCAGUCAUCGAGAUGCAGCAGUGCUGUGUUUCUCAGUCCUCGGCGCUGCAAACCGACAGACGGACAUCUCUCCGACGAGGGCCAGGUACACGCGGAUCCCAAGAUAUCUGUCUAUAUCCCUUCCGCUCCAGACACAAACUUUUACUUCCGCUACGUUGUCAACCAGGCUCCAGUUGGCCACAAGUAUCUCUUCUUUCAGAUCACCAUCAGUGGCCGCCACGUGGUGUCGUGGGGCCUUGACCUUGCUGAGACGAUGGUGGGUGCAGCACACCAGGCACUCUUUCAGCCCUCGACGUACUACCAGCACAACGAUAACGGGGUCAUUAUGACAGAGUACGGCAUCGAGUCGCGCUGCUUCCGCUUUGUGACGUGCGGCUCGGCGGCGGCUUCCAUUGCAAAUGACGGUGGACUCAUUCAAGUGCAAGUGUUCCGGGCCCGGUCGAGACACAGGCGGGCACCACAACCGGAUCCGUACCGCGGCAACUAUAAAUACGGAGUCGCGACCAGACUCAUCAGCAACGGCCUCCUCGAGAAUCCGCAGAUGGCAAACUUCUACGACUACCACUUGAUCGACGCAAUUGACGCACCGUAUGCCACCUUUCAAUUCCACUACCGGUCGUGGGAGAAUCUCAGGCUGCUUCAACUUGCACCGUCCGAGAAGCCACCCGAGCUUCUCUGCGCAAGCCCAGCAAAGACAAUAGACGAGGAGCUCGACAGUGUUGGCUUUGACUUCUCAAACAAUGCAAGAGGCCGGGCCGGAAAUAGACUUGGUGCUUCGAGCGACCGAGACUACGUCUCCACGCCCAGUCCGAGUAAUUUCGAGGUGGGAAAACCUGCCGGUCAACGAAAGGAACGCCCUCUUCCGGAACUACCGACCGCUAGCAAUCAUGCAACCGGUACAGGUACUUUGCAAGAACCGAAGACAAAAACUGAAGCCGAGGACGAUGGAAAAUCAUUUGGUUCAUCGAGCGAGGACACGCACCAAGCAGAAGAACACCGUGCUCAACGAGUGAGAAAAGCUUCCGGGGCGCCCAAGAGCUCUGACACGUCCAACAUACCCAUUGCGGGGUCCCUCGAGACGCACAAUGAAAGCGAAGGCGGUCUCCUGGUUGACGCAAUGGACUUUGGCUCGGCGAUCAAUAAGGCUACGGAGAGGGACUCGCUCAAUAUUGUCCGAAAAAAGGGCCUCCGUGCCGACGAGUAUGGCGGACCCGCGUUCGAAAAGAGUAAGGAAGACAGGGACGACAAGGAAAACAAGGCUCUCCAAGAGAUCACUGUGCCUGCUUUGGAGCGCCUGGCUUUCUCGCCUUUGAAGCCCCUGCCAAAGACCAUAUUCGUGGCUCCGUUCACAGACAGUCUCCGCAAGCGCGAGAUGGCACCGCUUCCAGAAUCGCCGACACGCCACCGUAGCCGCCGAGUCUCACACGAUCCCUCUCUGAUAAGUCCUAGAGGUUCGGGUUCAAAGCAGAAGCGGGUGCAUGGAGGAAGCCUUGACUCGAGAUGUCAGCCACUUUUUGAUGAGGAACACUUGGGGGCUAGAUGA